AGUGCUGGGCGGAGAUCUCGCAAUGGAGACCCUGACAGCCAGUGAGAUCCGUCAAUGCUUCAUCAAUUUCUUUGUGGACAACCAGCACCGUUACGUCCACUCGUCUUCUACCAUCCCCCUGGAUGACCCUACCCUCCUCUUUGCCAAUGCUGGCAUGAACCAGUUCAAGCCCAUCUUCCUCAACACGAUUGACCCUUCCCAUCCCAUGGCCAAACUGACGCGGGCCGUCAACACCCAGAAGUGCAUUCGAGCUGGUGGCAAACACAACGACUUGGACGAUGUGGGCAAGGAUGUGUAUCAUCACACUUUCUUUGAGAUGCUGGGCUCCUGGUCUUUUGGCGAUUACUUCAAGGUAUGGCGGGAGCACAGCAGGAAGCUCUCAACUCGGGGAUACGACGUAGG